AUGACCCUGAAACGAGUCGCACCCUACGGAUCAUGGGUGUCGCCCAUUGGCGUCAAAGCCGCCAUCUUCAAGAAUCGGGCAUUGACUUGUCCGCGGGUAAACGUAAGGCUCCCCUUUCCGCCGCCCUGCCACACGCGUACACGGUCCAAAGCUUACUCGGCUCGCCGUCAGAGGAAAUCUGGCCGGUCUUUCUUUGUCGAGAGCACACCAGAAGGCAGGCAGACCAUCGUGGAGAUAACCAAAGAUGACGGCCUGAGAGACGUCUUGCCCCGAGAUUACAGUGUGCAGAACCGAGUGUAUGAAUACGGCGGCUCCUUGUGUGACGUUCUUCCCGACGACCGCCUCAUAUUCUCCCAUGAAGACGACACAGUGCGUUUGCUUUCACCCGACAGCGGUCAGGUUCAACUCGUCGUCCGGAGCAACACCCUGCGAUACUCUAGCUUCUGUGCGCGCCAUCCGUUGCCCUGGGUGCUUGCGAUUGAAGAGGAUCACGCAUCCGACGACCCGUACGAGGUUCAAAACUACAUCGUCGCCAUCAAUGUCGAAAACUCUACUGUUCAGAGAGUAGUCAGUGGCGCUGACUUUUACUACCUGCCCCAGUUCAGCUUCGAUGGCGCACAGGUAAGCUGGGUGGAAUGGGAUCACCCCGACCUCCCUUUCGCGGCGGCAAAUCUCUACGUUGGCGACUGGACGGCCCAAGGAUCCGUGAAGAAUGCUCGUCUCAUUGCUGGCCAGAACCACGAAAGCGUUGCUGAGCCUCGGUGGGGGCCCGAUGGGUCUCUGUUUUACGCCAAAGAAACGGGACCUUAUCGCAAGCUGUACCGUGUGCCGCCUGAUGGUCGGUCCGAGGAGUUGAUUCCACUCGAGGGCUUGGAUGACGCCGAGUUUGCUCAAGCAGGCUUAAUGGAGGGGAGCCGAACAUUUGUUCCACUCACGGCGGACAUGCUCGUAGCCACGGCAGUCAUCAACGGCAUAAGUCGUCUCAUCGCCGUCGACAUCACAACGGGGUCCUGGAAGAUGCUGGGGGACGAAGAGCAUCUGUGCGAUAUAUCGGGCGAUGCAGUUGCCAGGCUUGGCCAUGAUUCCGUCCUGGCCAUUGGGAGCGGAACCGUCUCGCACAAAUCCGUGUACAAAAUCGAUGUGGCAGAUCCCCGAAACAGCAAAGUCAUUCGGAGAGCCUCUGAUGAACAGCUCCCCGAUGAGACGUACGCCCGACCAGAAACGGUCCAUAUGCGUUCCACUGCGUCUCCAUCCAGAGACAUCUUUGGAUUCUUGUGGAUGCCCCAAAAUCCUGACUACACAGCUCCUUCCGGAGAGCUCCCGCCGUUGAUCAUACACGCCCACGGCGGUCCAACAGGACGCAAAGGGAGUGGGCUGAGCCUGCGAACACAGUACUUUACGUCCCGUGGAUAUGCCUAUCUGGCGCUCAAUUACACCGGAUCCACGGGUUAUGGUCGGCAGUACCGUGAAUCUCUGUUCGGCAACUGGGGCAUUGUGGACGCGGCAGACGCGGCCGAAGCUGCAGACUACAUGGCUGCUUCUGGACGCGUCGACCGCGAUGCCGUGGGCAUUACGGGAAUAAGCGCAGGAGGCUACAACACUCUGCAGUCCCUUUCAAGGUAUCCGGCAAAGUUUGCCGGCGGCGUUUGCGUUGCCGGCAUCUCGGAGCUUUCAAGUUUCGACAAGACAACCCACAAGCUCGAGUCGGACUACACGGCAGCACUCGUCCUGCAUCCCGGUGUAAGCGAGGACGAGAAGCGAAAAAUCUUUCGUGAGCGGAGCGCUCUGUGCCACGUCGCCGACUUGAAGUCUCCGCUUCUCUUGCUACACGGCCAGGCGGAUACCGUGGUGCCUGUUCAACAGGCUAGAAUCAUGGCGGAAGCCCUCAAGGAGCUGCACCGUGAUGUGGAAAUCCUCGAGGUCGAAGACGAGGGACACAUGUUUGCGAAGCCGUCUAGCGCCGAGCUGUGGCUUGUACAGGAAGAAGCAUGGUGGAAGAAGACAUUGCUGCAGAAGUCUCGGCCAACAAGUCCAACGACUCCCAGUCCCGACGUUGAAUGA